AUGCUUCAGAGCCUUGCGCCACCUCCGGUAGAAGCCCCGUCGGUUCCGAUCUGUGAUCCCCCAAGGACCCCCCAAGAGCCGGCCAAACCGACUGAAAGCAGUACCACCGCCAGUAUUAAUGGUACUAGCGCCACUGUCAAGUCAGUAUCAACGGGCACGCAGUCGCAGAGUCGGGAUAAGCUACUCUGUCUAUGGAAGGAACAUGAUAGGGCCGUAGCCCUGCUCAGCAAGCUGCAGGCCGAGAGGGAAGCUUACAGCAAGAUAUUGAUCCAAAGAAAAAAUGACUAUAACAGAUCCCUUGUUAAGCAUGCCGACUUUCCUUCCAUACCGGAGGUCCAGCAUGAGCAUAGAAUGAGGUAUGAAAAUCGGGUAAAUGAGCUGGAUGCCAGAAUAAAGAAAGCUCAAGAUGACCUCAACACGACAACCGAGUCGAUGAUCCAGAUUAUUACAAGCCUAUCCGCCACAAACAACAAGGAAAACGAAAAUGCGUCUUCCACGGAAAGCGUUAAGCAAAAGACUCUUCAGAAUCAGAAACUGGUCGAAGAGAUCAGUGCGCUAAAAACGAAGAUUCAAACCAUGAAUGACCAAUACAUGAAGGAAAAGGAUGAAAAAACGACCGAAUUUGAAAAUCGGAUAAAGCUAUUACGAGAAGAAAUCAAACAAGAGCUCCAAGUCGGCUACGAGGAUCAACUGAAGAAGGCGAGGGAAGAUAUUAAGCAAGAACUAUUGGCCGAGUUUCUCGAGGAAAUCAAAGACCUCAAACAGGAGGUUCAGGACUUGAGAGUGCAACAGCAGGAGCUCAAGAAGCAGCAAACUAGCCAGAUAGCUCAACAAAAGGCGCAGCAGAAGAGCCAGGAAGUCGACUUACAAGCCCGCUUCUCCAAGCAAGAGCAGGAGCUCAAGAAGACGAUCGAGCGGACCAUAUCGGCACACCAUAACGAUGUGGACCAGGUCUCCAAGACGGAGACGGGGGUAUCCGCCAGUAUCACAAAACUUCUUGAACAUGUGGAUGAACUCACACAGCAAUUGACCCAGCGCAACGCGGAGGAGGCUACGAAGCUCCGCGAAGAUCUUGUCUCGUUUCAAAGGGACGUCAAGACCCAGGAACAGCGGCUUGGAAACUGCGAGGCGGCUAUUGGCCGACUCGAUAUCGACAUCCUAGAGCGAGCAGCUGAAAUUCUGUCUUUCGACGUCCCGCGCUUGACGAAGCAGGUAGAGGUCUUGGAGAAGGCUGCUAAGGAUGUCGCCUCUAAGCAGGAAGAGCUUUGGAAGAGGGUCCAGGUCUACCUUAAUAACACAGCCAAUGGGCUGGCGAAGCUGCUAGACAGUGUCCAGACCACCGUCAAAGGCCAUGACACGCGCAUCAAGGCCCUGGAAGAGAAUCCUCCUGUUAGUACUUCCUCAGGUCCCGAACUGAGCGGCUUGCCCUCGACCGCCGAACUCGAAAAGAUCUCCUCCACAGUCGCCAACAUAAAGACCGAGUUUGACUCUACCAAACUGGAAGUCAGCGACCUCACCCAGAAGUACACCGGCCUAUCCGAGAAACUCGUCCAGCUCAACCAGUCCGUCACGUCCACCAAAAAGGACUGCACCGAACAGCUCGAGUUCGUCCGCCACUCGGUUACCGUUCUCGACUCCCAGUUCAACAACUUGUCUACACGCGCGCUGGCGGAGCACAUCAUCGGCCAGCUGGAGCUGCUCAACCCGGCUGGGGCCCGCGUGCUGGUGAGCGACUUUGAUGCGCUCAAGCAGAGGGUUGAUGCGGUCGAGCCGAAGGUGCAGACGUUGGAGCAGGUGUGUUGGGUGUUGCAAAAACGCGUGUUGGCUGGGCAACUGUUGGAUGGGCUUGGUGGUCACGGUGGUGGAGAGGGGGCACCGCCGGCGAAGAGGAAGAGGAUGGAUGGUCCAGAAGGUAGAAGAGGGCCGGCUGGUUUUGGGGCGGAGGGGGAUCAGGACCAGGGUAAGGGUCAGGGUCAGGGACAGAAUGGGAAUGCUGCUGCCGAGGCUGAACGUUAG